UUGAAGAGCAGAUUGACCCUGAGUAUAUUCUGCAGUAUAUUCCAAACCUGGUCAGUUCUGAAGAUAAUGUAAAAUUAAUGCAGUUGCCAAAUGAUCUUGAAGUAAAGAAUGCUGUGUGGAGCUUAAAUCAGAAUGGGGCACCUGGACCGGAUGGUUUCAAUGGAAAGUUUUUUAAGAAGUGCUGGGACAUAGUGGGUCCAGAUGUGGUCAAAGCUGUGCAGGAGUUUCACAUGGGAUUCCCUGUCCCUAAGGGAAUGGCAAGUAGUCUUAUUGCUUUAAUUCCUAAAAUUGACAAUCCUGAUUCUUUUGCUGAUUAUAGGCCUAUUUGUCUGUCCAAUUUUAUCAAUAAAGUUUGCACCAAAGUUGUUACUAUCCAGACUUGCAUGUAUUCUCUCUAAGCUGAUCUCAGAAGAACAGUCAGGUUUCAUGAUGAACAGGGAUAUCUCUGAGCAAGUUCUUAUUGCACAAGAGAUGGUUCACUCUCUUGAAAAGAAAGUCAGGGGCUCUAAUGUUAUCAUUAAACUAGACAUGGCAAAGUCAUUUGAUAGGCUGUCAUGGAAAUUUCUUAAAGAAGUCAUGGAAAGAUUUGGUUUUGCUGCGCAUUUCAUUACUAUGGUGCUAAAUAAUCUGUAAGCAACAUAUCUAUCCAUAUUAAUUAAUGGGGUUCCUCAAGGUUUUUUCAAGCCCCGGAGAGGGGUCAAACAGGGUGACCCCUUGUCCCCAUAUCUUUUCAUUUUGGCUGCAGAAGGUUUAUCCAGGGGAUUAAACAAACAAAUGGAAAAUGGACUUAUCAAGCCUUUUUGGAUGGGAAAGGUUGGAUUCCCUGUUUCUCAUCUUGGAUAUGCAGAUGAUAUUUUGAUUUUCCUUAAUGGGGAGUCAAGAUCCUUAAAGAAUUUCUCAGAGUUUAUUGGGGCUUACCAGACUGUCUCGGGCCAAGCAGUUAACUUGCAAAAAAGCUCCUUCAUAGCUGCCAAA